UUCGGUUCCUUCGUUUCGUAGAAUUGAACUCGACAGCUUCUAGGGAGAAUUGUGUGCGUGUUGAGAACUAAAAGAUUUCAAGCAUGACACCAUUGCGUUUGUGAAUUCUGGCAUAACCUGGGAAAACAUUCCCCUAUGAAGCCAUUUGUACAAGCAUUCGUGUUUUAGGUUGAACACAGGGAGAGUAUAACACAGCCUGCUGUUCUCUGCACUGUUUCUCUAUCUGGAUGUGUUUUCGCGCACUCCGAGAGGUGAACUGAAAAUCGAAGAAAUGAAAACAUCCAAAAAUGAUUAAGAUUGCAGUGAACAUGAACAGAGCGAGAUCCGUUGUGCUUGGAACAGCUUCAAAAAAUAAUAAAAAUCACUGCAGAGGAACUGGGACAGACUAGGUUGACCUAAGUAGAGAAAUCCUCACGUGGCCAGGCAUUUUUUGAAGAAGAAGCGAGCCGAGUGUCAUAUCCUCCUUUUACCCCGGUCUUUUGAGCCGUAAUUUUUCCGACCAGCCUCACCCUUUCAGAUCCCUUCUUGCACGCAUCCUGUCGCAUAUCCGCUUUUAACGGUCACAGCACAUCCAUAUAUGCUGGUUUUGGUGAUUUUCAAGUUGGGUGUUGCGUAGCGGGGCGAGGAACGGCCUCGAUCGACUGCUCGUGUGAGCCUCUCAAACUCCUCUACUGCAUUGGCCUCCGGAGAUGCAAGAUAUGGGGAUUCAAUAUGUUUGAGAGUGGUUCGUGUCUUGUUGAACUGUUCUGUGAUGAUUAAGGAUCUGAAGUAUUGCAAGAAGCCGUUUAGAAGCACUGCAUGAUUUGUAGAAAGUCUACAGAUGUGUGAGUUAUUCUAUGUAAAUAUUCUCAAACUGUUUCUGAAAGGGCACGUUAAUACUCGUAAAGAGUUUGUAGGAGUUUCCCCGAUCUAGUAGAGUACAAGAACUCGCAAUCAGGGCUAGAGGUAAACUAAGUAAUGAAUAGUUGAGAUUCAACUACAAGCGACUGGGGUCAUUGAGAGGUUUAUCUCUCUUUGGAGACACUCUUUCUACAUAUGAUGUUUUAGCUUGAGGUCUCAGUCUAUUGAUACUGCGCAUUUGAGGCUAACUUGAUCCUUUAAAAAAUUAAUCGUCUCCACGGGCCUUUGGUUUUUUUCUUUCUGACUUUGGGCUCAAGGAUCACCGCGGAUGGCUACAAAAUUACUUCACAGACGGGUAAUGGGACGAGGUUGAGGAAGGAUAUAUGGUGCCAAUGAGCACAGAAGGAGACGAUUCGAAGAGUUUAUCAGAGAGAUGAUUGAUCAACUAUGGUGUUUAAACUGAGAUUCGGGAUUACACGACAGAAGGGUGCAGCAAAGGCAGUAGAAAUCAAUGACGCAGCAGCGUGUCCCCCACCGCCGACUCCAGCUGGGUCGACGUCAGGGCCACCGACACCGGCAGUGGCGCCUGUUAUGAAACCUAAUGUUAACCCUCUCGGGACACGGAAUCCGGCCAUGCCCAUGGUUCGGCAAGCCGGAGAGGUCCUUGCGUCUUCAGUGCUUGCGCAGAACUCACUUCAAUCGCAGGAGAAUAAGUUAAGUACAGGAAUUUUGGAGCCCCUGAUGUCUUUCAAGGAUGUGCCUGUUUCUGAGCGACAAUUUCUGUUCUCAAGGAAGCUUAAGUUGUGCUGCUAUAUGUUCGAUUUCACAGAUCCCAUGAAGGAUGUGAAGGAGAAAGAGAUUAAGCGCCAGACUCUGCUAGAAUUGGUUGACUACGUGACGUCGGGCACAGGGAAAUUCACAGAGAAUGUAUUCGAGGAUAUCACUCGAAUGCUGGUCAUCAAUAUAUUCCGCCCUCUUCCCCCUGCUCAUCACGAGCAUACGGGCGCCGAGGGUGACGCAGAUGACGAGGAACCCGUUAUGAAUCCCGCUUGGCCGCAUUUGCAAAUUGUGUAUGAGUUUCUGCUACGGUACGUGGUGUCUUCUGACAUAGAUGCCAAGGUUGCCAAAAGAUACAUUGACCAUUCCUUUGUAGUUAGAUUGCUAGACUGCUUUGAUUCUGAGGAUCCUCGGGAGCGGGAGUAUUUGAAGACGAUUCUACAUAGGAUUUAUGGGAAGUUCAUGGUCUACCGUCCCUUUAUUCGUAAGGCUAUCAACAACAUUUUCUACAGAUUCAUUUACGAGACCGAGAAGCAUAAUGGUAUUGCUGAACUUCUAGAGAUUCUGGGCAGCAUUGUUAACGGAUUUGCUCUGCCCCUUAAGGAAGAGCAUGAGCUCUUUCUUGUGCGAGCUCUGUUACCCCUGCACAAACCCAAAGGCGUCUCUAUUUAUCACCAGCAACUUGCUUAUUGCAUAAUUCAGUUUGUGGAGAAGGAUUUCAAGCUAGCGGAUACAGUAAUCAGGGGUAUGCUCAAGUAUUGGCCCUUGACGAACAGUCAAAAAGAGGUUCUGUUUCUGGGAGAACUGGAAGAAGUCCUGGAAGCUACACAGGGUGCAGAAUUUCAGCGCUGCAUGGUGCCUCUCUUCAGGCAGCUUAGUCGUUGUCUCAACAGCUCCCACUUCCAGGUAGCGGAGCGUGCACUAUUCGUCUGGAACAAUGAUCAUAUCGUGAGCUUGGUUGCUCAAAACCGGCAUGUGGUGCUGCCCCUUAUCUAUCCUGCUCUUGUGAGGAACACAACUAGUCACUGGAACCAGACCGUGCAUAGCCUUACUUUGAAUGUUCGCAAAAUGUUCCAGGAAAUGGACAAGGAACUUCUGCAGGAAUGUGACCGCAAGUACCAAGACGAUGCAGCGAAGGCCAGCAGCGUUGAUAAGAAGCGUGAAGAGACUUGGAAGCGUUUGGAAGCUGCAGGAGCCACUCUCAGCCAUUCUUAUUUUAGUGCUGUUUCAGACAGCUUAUCAGACAGCUCAAGCUGGGUCUGGUAAAGCUGUUGUUGGUGGAAAAAGGGCGAUAGUGAGAAGCUAGGAUUUUUUCUUUUUUUUGUUUCUUUCUUCCUUUUUUCUAAUUUUCUAUUAUCUUAUACCUAGAUUACCUCAGUUGCUCAUAUUGCCCUCUUCCUCCCGGUUUCUAAGUAGUCCUCCUUUCUUCCCAAAUACAGGGAUUUAUUCCUCAAAAUGAUCAGACAGGCAGGGUUUUUUAUUGCGCCAGAUGCAACUCAAUGUGGAGGGCAAUUUUUGGAGUCAUUGUAGGCAACCGUGUUUUACUCGAGAAUUCAGAAUGCAAGGAGGAGUACAUGAAGGGAAAGCUAGUGAAGCUUGAUUAUUACUAUUGAUCUGUUGAGUGAAUGGUUUUUUUCUCCAUGAUAUCGAUUGUCACCUUUAGUUCGCCAGCAUAAUUGGGGAGGUUGACCACUUCCUUGCUGUAAAAUGACAUUGUUAGCAUGGUGUUGGUGUUCCCUA